AUGAUGAAUAUAUUUCUUAAUUUACCAGAAGAAGUAUUAGCAUUAAUCAUUAAAUAUGUCAAUAAUAAAUCAAAGCUUGAAGAAUUGAUUUCCAUUCCAGCGGUACAACAAUAUGCAUUACGUGAAAGAUAUUCAACUUAUAAAAUAGAAACUUUGAGUGGAACCAAUGAUGGAUCAAUCGAAAAGUUGUGUGAAAUUUGUUUCCAAUACAAUUUCAAACCUUCAAAAAUAACAGGAGAGUUGUACCUAAUCACACAACUUAUUGAAGCUUCAAAACCUAGAUCAGCAUCAAACAGGAAAACAAGAUCAAGCGUUAAAAAUGUCAAUCAAUUCGUAAAUACUUUCGAUUUUGGUCAAGCAGAAUUUGAAGUUGUAUUACCUAAUGGACCUGUUUGUUCUGGGUUGAGCUCAGUUGUCAAAAAGCUUAAUGUAACUGGAAUACAUAUGAGUAAUCCACGUAUUACUUUUCAAACUAGACCUGAUAAUAAUCAAAGAGAAUCAUUUUUGGAAUUGAUAAAAACAAGUAAUUUAACAUCAUUGAGUACAACUUAUCUGGAUUCACUUCAAAUUCAACCACCUGAAUCCCUAAAAGAGUUAACAAUUUAUAAUCAGCUGUAUCAAAAUUUUUGCUUGAAUUUAAGUACAUUAUAUCUUCAAAAAUUCAUUUGUCAUGACUUAGGGGGAAUGGAUUCAUUAGAUGGUCUUCAAAUUCCCAAGUCAAUCAAACAUCUAGAAUUGCAUUCUUGUGGAAUGCAAAAUGUAAAUAAUUUAGAAAGUUUAAUAAAAUUGGAAACACUUGUUAUCGAAAAUUGUUCUAAUUUCACUGGUUUUAUCAAGUGCAUUUUACCUGGAUCAUUAAGAAAUUUUACUUACGUCAAUUCUAUCACAAAAGAAAAAGUGAAUCAACUAUAUAAUGAAGUUAAAAAACUCGAAAAUGAUCAAUAUGAAAUUUCAGAUUUUUCAAGCAAUGGUAGAUCAUUAAUUAUGGGUGCUGAUUUCAUUUUUCCUCCAAAGUUAUAUAACAUGAGUAUCCAAGAUCAUUUGGGUACUUUACAAUUAGAAUCAAAAUCAAAAUUAAAAGAACUUGAUACACUAAAUUUAAAUGGUAUAAAAAUUUUCAAUUUAAAAGAACUUUUUCAAUUAUUACAAAAAGAGUUAACUUCAAUUAGUAUCAGAAAUUGUCAAAUUUUUGAUUUUUAUGACUGCCAAUUUCCUUGUGUAAAAGAAUUAAAAUUUUCAGGAAAUACGAUUAAUACGGUUUUCAAUUCAAACUUAGUUCAAAUGGGUUGUUUAAAAGAUUUAGUAAUUGAGCUGAAUACUUAUGCUAGUUUUUAUGGCGUGGAUCCUAUCAAAUUUUUUACUAGUGGAAAUACUUUUGUUGAUUUAUCUGGUACACCAAAGAAGAAAGUUGCAAAAAAUGUUGAAUUGUCGUCAAGUGACCAAGCUGUUUCAAUUAAUAUGCCAAACUUACAGUUUUUAAGUUUGGAUAAAUACAUUGGAACUUGGGGAAGAAGAAAUAAUUUUUAUAUUGAAGAUAUUCCUCCACCGGUAAAUUUCAAUGGUUGUAAAAAUUUAGUUUCGAUAACAAUGUCCAACAUGGAAUAUAAAAUUUUGAAUCUUGACUAUUUACCAAAUUCGUUAAAAUUUAUAAAAUUUAUAAAUCUCAAAUUUUUCUCAAUUGUGGGUGUUUUUAAUAAAUUUUCACAUCUAGAAAACUUAGAUUUGAGAUCUAAUGAAAUUAGCUAUUCAAUGUUAUCAAACCAAUCAUUUCCAAAUAGUUUAAAAAUUUUAGAUUUAUCAGAUAAUAAACUUGAAGAUUUAACUUGCUUAUAUCUUUCUAAUUGUACUAACUUAAAUUGUUUGUUUUUAAACAAAGUAACCGGUCUGGAUAAUCCAAAAGGUGCAAUGGAAUUAAAAGAAUUAUUUUUAAAAAUUAAUAUUGAUUCAAAAGAAAAUAUAGCUGAAUUAAGUCAUCGUAAUUCGAGAAAGAUUUUUAAAAUUGUCAAUGGUAAAGAUGUUAGUAGAGCUGCUAAAGGGGAAUCAAAAUCAAGGUCAAGAAAUAAUGAUGAUGAUCCAACUUACAGAGGGUAG